AUGGAUUUUAAAUUUCUGACGCUGGACUUCUUUAGAAAUGCACAACGCAGGCGAAGCUCGCACUAUUCUGGAAUUAACACAUCCAUGCAAAAUUUUCCACCAUCAACUCAAUCAUCGAUGUAUGUUUUUUCGCAACCGGGAUCCAGAUUGACUGAUUUUUCUUAUCAAUUGCCGCCGUCAUCAUAUCCCAUUCAAGGGCCAUAUCCAACGCCAUCGCCAAAUUCUAUGCAACCACCAUCGCCCAUGCAUCAAUCGUCACCAUCGCCGUCAUUUGGUCAAAUGCAAAGACCUCCGCCAAUACCAACACCAUCGCCAACUUCCAUGCAGCCACCGUCGCCCAUGCAUCAAUCGUCGCCAUCACCGUCACUUCUCCCAAUGCAAAGUCCACAUCCAAUACCAUCGCCAUCGCCGACUUCAAUGCAACCACCAUCGCCCAUGCAUCGAUCGUCGCCAUCACCGUCACUUCUUCCACUGCAACGUCCAAACCCAAUGACAACACCAUCACCAACUUCAGUGCAGUCACAGCCAGCAAGAGAAACAACACAACAUUCUUUUCAUGAAGAAUCUUCAGAAUCCUCGACUUCCAUGGACUUUUAUGACCAUCAUUAA